AGUUGGGGAGCUGAUAGAGUUGACAACCUUUGGCCAAGAGAAGAGGCUAGGUUUGAAGUCUCGCAAUCAUGAUUUGCAGAAUGGUCACCUCACCCCUUAACGAUUUCACUGUGGGGAUAGGUGGACACAUUAGAAUCACAACCUCCCUGAUGCAACUUAUUUUUGUGUAGUAACAGGCUGCAGAUUAGUGGGAGACUGAGCAAAGCAACUCCAAAGGAAUUACUUCAGAAAUGUGUCAAAGAAACUUGGAAAUGCAACACAGCAGUAAAUGAGGAGGGAAGGAAGAAAGAAAAAGACAAAAAUGGUCAACUGGAAGGGAAUGAAAACAGCCUUUUGCAUGUACCAAAAGGAUGAUUGUGGAUUCUGGAGAAAAUGUAAGUUAACUAUAUCUCCACUCUGAUCAGAUCUCAAGAGACAUUUUACUCAUUUCCUGGUUUUGGAUAAUGGGCUCCUGGAAGCACUGUCUUUUUAGUGUGUCUCUUAUCACUGCCCUGAUUUUUGUAGUUGUUUACAAUAACAAAUUAUGGGAUAAGAAACAUUUUCUGAGGGCAUCUCUUUCCAAUGCUUCGCUCUUAACAGAAACCUGUCAUCAGAUUUUCAAGGGGAAGGUCUUUUACUCAACAGAGAAUGCAUUGAAAACUACCCUUGGUGAAUCUGCCUGUUUUGAAUACAUGACUCGAAGUCACUAUAUAACAGAAACACUCUCUGAAGAAGAGUCUGGCUUUCCUUUGGCUUACACAGUCACCAUCCACAAAGACUUUGGCACAUUUGAGAGACUCUUCAGAGCUAUUUACAUGCCUCAGAAUGUCUACUGCAUUCAUGUGGAUGAAAAGGCGACAGUCGAAUUUAAAGAUGCAGUGGAGCAAUUACUGAACUGCUUCCCAAAUGCUUUUCUGGCUUCCAAGAUGGAGCCAGUUGUCUAUGGUGGGAUUUCCAGGCUCCAGGCUGACCUGAACUGCAUCAAAGAUCUUGUGGCCUCGGAGAUCCCAUGGAAGUACACCAUCAACACCUGUGGGCAAGAUUUCCCCCUGAAAACCAACAAGGAAAUAGUUCAGUAUCUGAAAGGAUUUAAAGGGAAAAACAUUACCCCCGGAGUGCUGCCUCCCAAUCAUGCUAUUGGCCGGACUAAAUAUGUCCACCAAGAAAUAUUACACAAAAAAAAUUCCUAUGUGCUUAAAACAACAAAAUUGAAAACUUCGCCUCCUCACAACAUGACCAUCUACUUUGGCACUGCCUAUGUGGCCCUCACAAGGGAAUUCGCUAACUUUGUCCUCCAAGACCAGCAAGCACUUGACUUACUGUCCUGGUCCAAGGACACGUAUAGUCCUGAUGAACAUUUCUGGGUGACGCUCAAUAGGAUUCCUGCUUUGGUGCCAGAGACAGAUAGAACAGGUUGGAAUCCUAGCUCCUCCCUCACCACCAUGUGACCUGACAUUUGGAAAUCGGUCUGAGAGUAGCAGUAUAGCGGAGAUGUUGAAAGCACAUACCCUGGAGCCAGUCUGCCUGAAUCUGAAUCCUGCUUAGCCAUUUACAAGCUGUGGACCUUGGAUAAGUUACCUAAAUUUGGGGGGCCUCAGUUUCCCAUCUAUAAAAUAGAGGAAUUAAUAUUUAUAUCAAAUAUGUGAGGCAUAAAUGAGUUGGACCAGUGCCUGGCAUGUGUUUUACAUGUUCAUUUUUAUAAUUGUCAUUGUUAUUGAGCAUUAGGCUGUACUAGGUACUGGGAUAUGGUCAUGAAUAUGACAAAUAAGUUCCCUACUUUCAUAGAGUAUAUAUUUAGAAGUAGGAAGUGGAUAAUAAAAAGUAGACAGAUAAGAUAAUUAGAAAUUAUGGUAAGCACUAUAAAGAAAAUGGAGGCUGAUGCAGGAAGGGACUUACUUUAAAUAAGGUAGGUCAGGAAAGGCUUCUUGGUGAAAAUAUCAUAUGAACUGCACUUCUAUACGAGGAUGAGCCAACCAUGCACUUGGGAAAGAGGCUCCAGGCAGAGGGUGGAGGGGUUGCAAAGGUCCUGCAGGGAGCAAGAGCUCCCUGUGUUCAGCAGUGGAAAAGCAGCCCUAUGGCUGUGACUGGGGCUGAGUGAGCAAAGGUGAGGGCUGCACCAGGCAUGAGGUUGGCAAGACCACGGAGAUAGCAUGGCCCAGCAGUACCCCAUUCAUAGGGUUAUUGGCAGAAGAAGCUAGACAAUGUGUGCAAGUGUUUGGCAUGGUACCUGCUACAGAGUCAACAGCCAAUAAACUGGAUCUGCUGUCGGCCUCCUCUCCAUUUCUGGUGCUGCCAUCCAUCUCUCUCCAUCUCUCUCGUACAGUGAUCUAAUUUCUUUCUGAGUACUUUCCCUGACCUCAGCCUGCUUAAACCCAUUCUUCGCAGGAUGACCUUCAUAAAAAUGCGCCUUGACCAUGUGAUCACACCUCUCUUCUUAGAAGCUUUCUGUGGGUCCUUGUCACUUCCAGUGUGACAUUGUAGCCCCUUCACUAGGCACAUGGUGCUCAUUGCAAUCUGACCCUUGGCCUUCCAGUGCCUUCUCUCACUAUGUGCCCCACCCCAUACUGCACUCCAGCUCUACUAGAUGGCUUGUGGGUCCCAAAUGUGCCACCUCUAUCUUCUGCCUUGACCCAUGCUAGUCCCUUUGCCAGGAUGCUCUGGAAUGCUCUGCUACCCUCCUCCCUCAUCUGAUUGAUGUGCUUUUCUUUUGCAGUUCAGCUUAGACUCAUAUUCUCUUAAAAGCCUUUCUUAAUUCUUGCUCCUGUGGACUUGCUCCUCCUGUAUCACACUGUACUAUUCUUAGUCUCACAAUGCUGUUUGUGUUCCUGUGGCCUUCCAGACUGGGCUUCAAGGGCAGCACCUACACAGUUCCUGGCACAUGAGCAAUGCUCAGUACAAUGGAGUCUCAGCUUGUAAUCAUUUACCUUGAAUAAAUUCAACUGUAUUCUCACACACACACACAUGUGUGUAUAUGUACACACACUGUAUGUAACACACACUGGGGUUUCAGCCACCCGACCCUGCCCUCCAUUCCGUCCAAUGAGUCUGAGAUCCAGAGUGAGCAUGAAGCAAUUUCUGCUCAUUCACAUGCUGAGUCUUGGCUCCCAUGGCUGACUAAUGUGAAGAUUCAGUAUACAUCUCAUAGCUCCUCAGCUUGAGCCAACUGCUUCAUCUGGUGCUCAUUGUAAGAAACCACUCUGAACCAAGAUUAAAGAGAAAAUUGGCUGUGUUGGAAAUGGGGACUCUGUGUCAUUUUAAUGUGACACAUUCCCAAGGGAUUCCUCCAGAGGAAUUUUGACUGUAUGUUGUUUUCCUUUACACAUUGACUUUGCAAUCUAAUCUCUAAAUA